AACUUGACUUUGGCGGUUUGGCGAACGCGUACGGUCUCCUUCGUUUGCCCCAGAUGCCCGAAAUGCGGCAUGCUAAUAUCUCCGGUUUUGUGAAUUCAGGUGUCGACGUAUCAACCCUUAAGUACCGGUUAGUAUGCAAAUGCCUCUCUGUUGUGAAUCAAUUUUAUUUGGAGCCUAUAGUGUUGAACCUAUUUUUUUUGAGAAAUAUGUCCAAAUUUGCUUCGCACACUUUUUUGUGUUUGAACGGUUGUAUACUUUGUGCGGACUGUGCCGUCGUGUUCGAUUCCGCUGAUCGCAAGCCCUUGCCCCGUAUACAGUCGGUCCGACGGACUAUAUUUCAUCAAGCAGGGAUAUAA